AGACCUUUGAAUCUCUCAAAGCUCCGAUCGAAAUCCGGCCAAAAUGGUGAGUGAUAUUGAAGAUGAGAUCAGCGUCGAGAAGAAUCCUCUGCCGAUUGAGGAAGAUGAGAUCAGCGUCAAGAAGAAUCCUCUGCCGGAUGAUGAAGAUAAGAUCAGCGUCGAGAAGAAUCAUCUGUCGAUUGAUGAAGAUGAGAUCAGCGUCGAGAAGAAUCCUCUGCCGAUUGAUGAAGAUGAGAUCAGCGUCGAGAAGAAUCCUCUACCGAUUGAUGAAGAUGAUGAUAUCGCUCUGAGUCCUUAUAUUCUGUCUCAGUUGGUCUUUGAUAAGCUUGAUUUGCUAGGUGAAAUUAUUGAUGAGAUUGGCUAUGUGAGUGAAAAGCUCAAUGCUCAUUGUAUUGCUCACUGUGAUGGUGGUGAUAUUGGUGUGAACUCUGCUCCAAACAUUGUGCCUCCUAAGAAGCGACACUACCUUAGGACAAGCGACACUUUCAUGGCGAGAGAAAACAUUCCACUAGAGACUGUUUCAGACAAUUCACUACCAACACAAUUACAUGAGAACCUUCAUCAAUUACAAGAACUGGUGAAGAAACUUAAGGCUCGAAAUUUCCAGUUAGACGAGUCAAUUGUGGAGAAUUGUUGUGUAGAAGCUUAUGUUGUUGAUGAUGAUCAGCCAAAAAGGGUCUUAUGGACAGUGGAAGAAGAAACCAUGUUGAAGGUGGGAGUGGAGAGAUUUUCACCUACGAUCAGAAAAAACAUGCCUUGGAAGAAGAUAUUGGAGAUGGGAAAAGGAAUAUUUCACAAGACUCGCAAUCCCUCCGAUCUUAAAGACAAGUGGAGAAACAUGGUUAUAGCCGUCCCACUUUGUAGGCUGAGAGUUGCCAUAGGAUUUAAGAAACUUGCAGUGGAACUAAAGAAGUUACCAUUUCCUGUUCCGGUGAAGACAAACACAAGAGGGCAGAUUCCUAAUGGCAGCCCUUGGCUUGCAAUUUCUUCGUCUACAGAAAUCACAGCGGCUUUUGCUGCAGCCAAGGAGGAAUACAUAUACGAUGACCCGAGCGAGAGGAAAGGCGUUGAGUAUCCUAGACUUAGAUAUUCUGCAUCAAACAUGGACAAUUACAUUCAUCAGUCCAAGAACUUUUGAUUCAAAUUCAUCUUUGAUCAACACAGAAUCAUGUAUUCAACAAGAGCUUACUCAGUCCAAGUCCGUGUCAGAUGUCAAUAAAACCAGCUCUGCCUGCAUAUAUACCAAAUGCCAAUAAUCUUUUCCCAUGAUCUCCAACGAUGAGCUAUUUGAGGUAAUUACUUAAAAUAAGAUGUCAAUAAAACCAGCUAUGCCUG